AUGGCAGCGGCUCCCCAGACGCUGUCUCUGGGGUUCAUCAACUCGGCCAGCAAGUACCUGACCGCCGAGUCGUACCUCUACAAAGUGAACGCCACCGCCACCUCCAUGCGGCACAAGCAGAUUUGGCAGAUGGAGUUUCUCAAGCAAGACCAACCGCGGAUUCAUCUCAGGUCGACCUUCAGCAAGUACCUGGCGGCGGAUAAUAACGGCAAGCUGACCUGCGAUAAGGAGGCUCCGAGCAGCACCUGCGUCUUCAUCCUGAUCACGCACCCGGGCGGGCAGGUCUCGCUCCAGUCGGAGCUGUCUCAGCGGUACCUGGGCGGCGCGGAGGACAAUGUCUCCUGUUUUGCUGAGUCGAUGACUGACGGUGAGAAGUGGACGCCUCGCCUGGCACUGCACCCCAGCGUGAGCGUGUACUCGCAGGGCCGCCGGCGGUACAUGCGCUUUGACGAGGCGAGCAGCAGCCUGACUUGCGACCAGGACCUGGCCUGGGGCACCAACUGCGUGCUGACCCUCUACUUCGACGGGAAAGAGAAGAGGUAUGCUCUGCGGACAGGCGCAGGGACCCUGUUGUCGAGUGACGGCCGGCUGGUUUCGGAGGUAUGUGCGCAGGCGCUGUACUCCUGCCAGCUGCGCAGCGGUUUCCUGCUGCUGCGGGACAUGGAGGGGAAGUACCUGUCGGGCCGCGAGAGCGUGGUGAAGACGUUCAAAACUGAGCAGCCGGGCCGGGACGAGCUGUUCACCUUGGAGCCGAGCCCGGGUCAGCUCUCCAUCCUCUCGCUGGGCAGCAGCAAAUUCAUCUGCUUGCGCCCAGGGGCGGAUAUCUAUGCUAAUCAGGUUGAAGCUGGGAGAACUGAGACUUUCCAGAUCAUGCACAACGAGGCCAAGAAGACUUGCUUCAGAGCCGCAUCCAACAACUACCUCUGUGUGGGUAGCAAUGAUAUGAUAGUGGCCUCCCCCAGUGUGGAAGAUCGGAUCUGGUUUGAUUUGCUCUAUCAAGGGGAGAAGGUUUCCUUCAAGGCAGACAAUAAGUUCAUGUCAGUGAAGCCUAAUGGCCAGCUGGGAAGUUGGGGGAGUUUGUGCUGCGGCUGA